UGAUCUGUAAUGCGUUCACCAUCUGCAACGCGGAGAUGCAGGAAGUUGGUGUUGGCCUCUAUCCGAGUAUGUCUUUGCUCAAUCACAGCUGUGACCCCAACUGUUCCAUUGUGUUCAACGGGCCCCACCUCUUGCUGCGAGCAGUCCGGGACAUUGAGGCAGGAGAGGAGCUCACCAUCUGCUACCUGGACAUGCUGAUGACCAGUGAGGAGCGCCGCAAGCAGCUGAGGGACCAAUACUGUUUCGAAUGUGACUGUUUCCGAUGCCAAACCCAAGACAAGGAUGCUGAUAUGCUCACUGGUGAUGAGCAGGUGUGGAAGGAAGUUCAAGAAUCCUUGAAAAAAAUUGAAGAACUGAAGGCACAUUGGAAGUGGGAACAGGUGCUGGCCAUGUGCCAGACCAUCAUCAGCAGCAACGCCGAGCGCCUUCCCGACAUCAACGUCUACCAGCUGAAGGUUCUCGACUGCGCCAUGGACGCCUGCAUCAACCUGGGCCUGCUGGAGGAGGCCUUGUUCUACGGCAUCCGGACCAUGGAGCCGUACCGGAUUUUCUUCCCCGGAAGCCAUCCCGUCCGAGGGGUGCAGGUCAUGAAAGUUGGCAAACUACAGUUGCACCAAGGCAUGUUCCCCCAGGCGAUGAAGAACCUCAGACUGGCUUUUGAUAUUAUGAGAGUGACCCAUGGCAGAGAGCACAGCCUGAUUGAAGAUUUGAUCCUGCUUUUAGAAGAAUGUGACGCCAACAUAAGAGCAUCCUAAGGGCUCGGGCAGAGGGAAGGGCGGCUUCUACCCUUACCGGAUGCCUCACAGUGCUCACACACCCGACGCUGCUGUGUGAGCCUCCCUCCUGGCAGUGCAGUUCUCUGUUCAUGUGGGUAAACAAAGGCAGACAUACAUUGUGCAAAUCACAAGAAGCGUUAGCUAUAGAGAAGCACAAUUACAAUAAAUAUUAAAAAUGUGGUUGAAAAUGCCAUCUGGUAACCGUUUGCCUCCUCACUGGUGACUUCAGUGUUGAAGAGCUCAACAUUCUCCAGGGGAAGGAUAGAGAGUUCUAGUAAAAGCAUGGUAGUACAAGUUGUAACUUUCUCUUUGGAUAUCUGUGGGGAUAAUUGGAUUAAAAAUCAGUGUUUUCUCAAGCAAAAG